CAUAAAAUUAAAUAGAGCAAAUAAUAAAAUAGUUGUAACCAUGAACAACACCAAAUACUAUCUGAUACACUGUCCUCAUCCAAAGAUAUUGCAUCCUCGGUUAUGAUUAAGCUCUCUGCUUCAUCUGAAUUCUUCAUUUUUCGUUUUCUCAGAAAUGAUGCUGUGGAAGUUGAAAUAGGUUUUGUGAAUUGACUAUUGCUUUCCAUUCCUUCUUCAUGGUCCACUUUAAUUUUACGUUGUACUAUAAAGGAAAACACAUUUUUAAGAUUAUUUCGAAUGCCUUGUAUAUAAUUUAGUUUUUCUCUUUUUGCUCUAUACUCUUUCAAUUUAUUUUCCAUCAGCAUAAAUCUUCUUUGUUUAUUUCAGAGAUUUCGAGUCAUUCAUUUAAGUUUACUAUGUUAUCUUUCCUUAAAACAUGUCACGUCAUAAAAUUAACAGUUAGAAAUGUAAUUAAUGUAUGACGUUAGAUCAGGUUAUUUUUCAUUUAAAGACUCGAGUAUACUGAGUGAUAAGAUACCCUAUACCCUUCCACUUUCCAAAUGACUUCUAAAUGAAACUUCAUACAAUUUUUUGAUUUUUACCAGAGGACAGAUGUUUUAACAAAGGAAUCUUUGCUUUGAAAGAAAGUAGACCAAAGUCACAGUUGAUCAGACGUAUCCCAGAUAAUUUGAUUUGUUAUGAUUCAUUGCAUUUAAAAAUAAACAAUGUCCUUGAAUUCUUCACGGUAUCUAAAUGAUCGGUUCAAACAAAGAAACUCGCUUAUUUUGUUCUUAUCAAUAAAUAUAAACAAUUGUUCGAAAUUCAUAUAACAGCAGUAGUUACAUAACUAUGAAAUUGGCUUCGUCAUAGAAAGUAGGUACUGUAGGUGUCCUGUUUUGUGUUAAGGUGAAAAUGGAUGUCUCCAGACGUAGAGGAUUUGGUACUUUUAUAGAAAUACCAAUUUUCUUCAUAUUGUUUAGUAUAAGUUUACAGGGGCCAGUACUCACAAAUCUCAUUAUUUUUCGAUCUUGCUAUGCCAACCUGGGAUACAAUGUGUCAGAGUGUGCUCUACUAGGAUCGGAAAAUAAAGAUAACGAUACUCAAAAAUUGGAAAGUGUAGUUCAACAUUAUGCAAAUAUUAUAUCCAUGGUAGUUGGAAUACCACCCGGUAUUAUUUCUACCAUUUUAGCUUUGUAUAUAGGUUCAUGGUCAGACAAAUAUGGUAGAAAACCAGUGAUAGUUUUAACAACUGCAGGACAUGCUAUAUCUUUUCUUGUAAUAACUGUGUUUUGUUUAUUCAAAAAUUUAUCUGCUUGGUAUAUAACACUUUCGUCGAUUCCUGUUGUCCUAUGUGGAGGCUUUGCAUCGGCAUUUACUGUACUAUUGAGUUAUGUGACUGACAUAACUGAUGAAAACAGUAGAGGUCUAAGAAUGGGCAUAUUCGAAGUGGUGCUAUCAAUAGGUAUGCUCAUAGGAAUGAUUUCUAGUUCCUAUAUAUUCAAUGCAGUAGAUUAUGUAGGAGUUUUCAUGAUAGCUACUGGAUCCUACACAAUAGCCUUAUUGUACACGAUAUUUAUACUUGAAGAAUCACUUCCUAACGUCCAGACCGAGGGUAAAUUCGACUCAUUCUUCAGUUCUAAGGAAAUAAAGGACAUGGCCUCAACUACCUUCAAAAAGAGACCGAAUAACAAACGUGUACUAAUUUUGCUCUGCCUCGCAAUAACAUCUCUUUUCCUUUUCGCUGUUAUGUCUGGAGGCGGUUCGUUAUAUAUGUACCUACGUCUGAAAUUUGAAUGGACCAUGAAGCAGUUUACAUUAUUCACGAGUGUCAGAGAUGUAGCCUCAAUUUUUGGUACCAUUUUUGGUAUUUAUUUCUUACAUAAGAAACUCAAAGUGGAAGAGAUUAUUCUGAUAUUGAUGGGCCUGAUUUCUUGUUUGGGUGGAGCUUUGGUACAGGGUUUGGCAACUACAGAUAUGGACAUUUACUUUGGUGGUUUUGUCCGAUCUUUGACUGGAAAUGUUAGUCCUAUGCUACGUUCCCUAAUUUCUAAAAUAGCCGAUGCAGAUGAAGUUGGUAAAAUAUUCUCGAUUCUAAUUAUGUUUGAGAAUAUUCUUCAGAUGCUGGGCUCUCCGCUGUUUACCUUCAUUUACAAUAGCACCCUGGAUACACAUCCUGAAUUCUUUAAUUUUGUGACUGCUGGAGUUUUGUGUGUAACAGUCGUAUUAGCACUAAUUGUGGCAGCGAUACAUCUCAGAUCUCCAGAAGAACCAAGGUUCACUAUUUUAUGUGAAGAUGCUGCAAAUACACAAGAAAGUGAAGAAAAUUGAAAAUGAACUGGAACACCUUUCAAGAAUGCAAUUGAAGAAACUUAAAAAAAUAUACAUUAUUUCAAUAUUAUAUGACUGUGAUAAUAAGAAUAUACAGACAGAUAGUUUU